AUGCCAGCACGCAGCAGCAGCAACAGCCAAAUCGUGAGGGGAGAGGGGCGGGGAGGCAGCACCGGGCAACAGCCAGUGGCGAGAUGGAGGCGGGACUCAGGUUCCGCACUCCAGCUGCUGGCGUCCCCCCUGGUGUCGCGGUCCCCGUCGCCGAACCCAGAAACGGAGGACGAAGGUCGGAUCACCGACGUGGAGCUGGAGGAGGAGGAGGAGGCCGGCGUCCGGUCGGCAGGGCAGGAGGCUGAGGUGCCGACCAUCAGCCUGUCCUCGUCCGAGGAGGAGGAGGAGGAAGCCCAGGAGGACACCGGGACGGAGACGGUGAGUCCGGAGGUCUCCUCGGACGAGGAGGACGAGCCCCGUCGGGCGGCAAAGGCCCGGAUGGCAUUCCGCCGCAUAAGAAGGGCCGCAGCCGGAUUCGGGCGGAUCCGGUUGGGCGACGCAGCGCCAUCAGGCCGCCCGGAGGAGGCAAUGCGUAUACUCGCAACCCGGGCAGAAGUGGUGCGGCGAGUGUUCGCGCAGCGGGCGGUGGCACGGGCAGCCGCAGCAGCCAGGGAGUGGCAGAAGCGGCUGGAUGAGGCUGAGGCUGAAGAGGCAGAAAUCUGGGCACGGCCAGGCCCUCCGGAACAGCCGCCGCUGCAAGCGCCUCCACCGCCUUCGCCACCGCUGUCGCAACCGCCACCACUGCCGUCGCCGCCUCGGGCCGCAGCACCACCACCGCCACCACCGUCGUCGCCUCGGGCCGCAGCACCACCACCGCCACCACCGUCGCCGCCUCGGGCCGCAGCACCACCACCGCCACCACCGUCGUCGCCUCGGGCCGCAGCACCACCACCGCCACCACCGUCGCCGCCUCGGGCCGCAGCACCACCACCGCCACCACCGUCGCCGCCUCGGGCCGCAGCACCACCACCGCCACCACCGUCGCCGCCUCGGGCCGCAGCACCGCCACCGCCACCACCGUCGCCGCCUCGGGCCGCAGCACCGCCACCGCCACCAUCGUCGCCGCCGCAGGCACCACGGCCAUUCCAGGCACCACGGCACGGAGCGGAGACACCGCCGCCUCCACCGCCGCCGUGGGUGCCAACGCCGUCGCCGUCGCCAGCAAAACGACUCGCUGGGGAGCCGGAGUGCUGGGAGAAGGGGCCCUGGGUGUGGCCAGCAGCAGGAGGGCCAGCCGCGCGGCCGCCCAAAAUCGCCAGGCUGACAUCAUGCCCGGAGCCGCGGUCCCCACCCGCCAGGCCGACAGUGAGCCGCCAGCAUUCGGCGGACAGCAGCCACUGGCAGGAGAUGGCUGAGGAAGAGUGGCCGUCCAGGGUGGCAGCCGAGGCCGGUAGACAGCGGGAGAGAGCCCGUAACAGCCGCUGGGCCAAACUCUUGGUUGUAGACGGUGUCCGCUACCGCAUCCGGGUGGCAAGCGGAGUGGUAAGGGUCUUGAGGGCCCAAUAA